AAAUUCAGUUCAGAGAGGAGAGAGGAGAGGGAGAAGGAGAGAGGGGCAGAGGAGAAGGAGAGAGGGGCAGAAGAGAAGGGAGAGAGGGAGAGCAUGCGAGACAGGAAGGAGCGCCUCAGAGUCUCUGAAGCACGAAAGAGAUAACCGAUUAGGAAUUUUUCAGGCAACUGUCAUCCCGGAGAGCAGCCAGAGAAUCACCAUCACCUCAACUCUGACGUUUCCUACAAGAAGUUAGAGACUUAAGCAGAAUUGACAUCGGAGGGAAAUGGUAUGCUUGAUGCUGUGGAAAAUACCCCAGAGCUGAAGAAGUGCAACUGGAUGUUGUGUGUGUGUGUGUUAAAUACCAGAAGAGCCCAGACCCCGUGGGUAAUAGAGACGAAAUGUGGAGAGAAUGACUAACGACAAAUCUGUGAAUUUGUUCUCUGGAGUUGCUAAUUUGCCAGCCCGAAGCAACACAUUUUACAAGGAGGAAACGUUUUGCUGCUUUUGAUUUCUCCCCAAACUGGUGCUACCAGAUGCAUGGCUUUCUAUGUGUUGGAACAAAUCAUUCCUAACUGCAGCAUACCGGGAAAGGGGAAAGGUUGAGGCAACUAACUGGCUGUCUCCAAAUAAGCGAUGAGAUGUAAUGCAUCCUCCAGUCCAUGCACGCUUCCUCUUGCAAUUCGUGCAUCAUUCCUCAGUGGAAACCUUUAAACCCUGAAAUCCGGGAAAAGAAAAUAAAUACAUUAUCAUGGACCUGAGGGAUUUUUACCUGUUGGCUGCUCUGAUUGCCUGUUUAAGGCUGGAUUCCGCAAUAGCUCAAGAACUUAUUUACACUAUUAGAGAGGAAUUGCCUGAAAAUGUGCCCAUAGGAAACAUACCAAAGGAUCUGAACAUUUCUCACAUCAAUGCUGCCACAGGGACCAGUGCCAGCCUUGUCUACAGACUGGUUUCUAAAGCUGGGGAUGCCCCUUUGGUGAAAGUGUCCAGUAGCACUGGGGAAAUUUUCACAACCUCCAACAGAAUAGACAGAGAAAAACUCUGUGCCGGAGCCUCUUACGCUGAGGAAAAUGAGUGUUUCUUUGAACUUGAGGUAGUGAUCCUCCCCAAUGACUUUUUCAGGCUGAUCAAAAUAAAAAUAAUUGUCAAGGAUACCAAUGAUAAUGCCCCCAUGUUUCCAUCUCCUGUCAUCAAUAUUUCCAUUCCAGAAAACACUUUGAUCAACAGCCGCUUUCCAAUUCCAUCAGCAACAGAUCCUGACACAGGCUUCAAUGGUGUACAGCAUUAUGAAUUGCUAAAUGGGCAGAGUGUUUUUGGACUGGAUAUCGUGGAAACUCCGGAGGGAGAGAAGUGGCCACAAUUGAUUGUUCAGCAAAACUUGGACAGAGAACAGAAAGAUACCUAUGUGAUGAAAAUCAAAGUAGAGGAUGGAGGCACUCCACAGAAAUCCAGCACUGCCAUACUACAGGUCACAGUAAGUGAUGUAAAUGACAACAGGCCAGUGUUUAAAGAGGGUCAAGUGGAGGUGCACAUUCCAGAGAAUGCUCCUAUAGGCACCUCUGUAAUUCAGCUCCAUGCCACUGAUGCAGAUAUAGGCAGUAAUGCUGAAAUCCGGUACAUUUUUGGUGCCCAGGUCGCCCCUGCAACCAAAAGACUCUUUGCUUUAAAUAAUACUACUGGGCUGAUUACAGUUCAGAGGUCCUUAGAUCGCGAGGAGACAGCCAUUCACAAGGUGACAGUGCUGGCUAGUGAUGGCAGCUCCACACCCGCUCGAGCAACGGUUACCAUCAAUGUCACUGAUGUAAAUGAUAACGCUCCUAACAUAGACCUCAGGUACAUUAUAAGUCCCAUCAAUGGCACAGUGUAUUUAUCUGAGAAAGAUCCUGUCAAUACAAAGAUUGCCCUAAUUACAGUUUCAGAUAAGGACACAGAUGUGAACGGCAAAGUGAUCUGUUUUAUUGAAAGAGAGGUCCCAUUUCAUUUGAAGGCAGUGUACGACAACCAAUAUUUGUUAGAGACCUCCUCUUUGUUGGACUAUGAGGGCACCAAAGAAUUCAGCUUUAAAAUUGUUGCCUCUGAUUCUGGGAAGCCCAGUUUAAAUCAGACUGCCCUGGUAAGGGUUAAGCUUGAGGACGAAAAUGACAACCCACCAAUUUUCAACCAGCCUGUAAUUGAGCUGUCAGUUUCUGAAAACAACCGACGUGGGUUAUACUUAACAACUAUUAGUGCCACAGAUGAAGACAGUGGGAAAAAUGCGGACAUUGUUUAUCAGCUUGGGCCGAAUGCCUCCUUCUUUGAUCUGGACCGAAAGACAGGAGUUUUGACAGCCUCCAGAGUCUUUGACAGAGAAGAACAAGAACGAUUCAUUUUUACAGUAACUGCCAGGGACAAUGGGACCCCUCCCCUCCAAAGCCAAGCGGCUGUGAUAGUUACUGUUCUGGAUGAGAAUGACAACAGCCCCAAGUUUACUCAUAAUCAUUUUCAGUUUUUUGUGUCUGAGAAUCUGCCAAAGUAUAGUACUGUGGGGGUAAUCACAGUGACAGAUGCAGAUGCUGGAGAGAAUAAAGCUGUGACUCUUUCCAUUCUAAAUGACAAUGAUAAUUUUGUGUUGGAUCCCUAUUCUGGAGUCAUAAAGUCAAAUGUCUCAUUUGAUAGAGAGCAGCAGAGUUCCUACACUUUUGAUGUCAAAGCCACCGAUGGGGGACAACCACCCCGCUCCUCUACUGCAAAAGUCACUAUCAAUGUCAUGGAUGUCAAUGACAAUAGCCCAGUUGUCAUUUCUCCACCUUCCAACACUUCUUUUAAGUUGGUGCCCCUCUCGGCCAUUCCUGGCUCUGUGGUAGCGGAAGUUUUUGCAGUGGAUAUCGACACCGGGAUGAACGCGGAACUGAAGUAUACAAUUGUGAGUGGAAACAACAAAGGCUUGUUUCGGAUCGAUCCAGUAACAGGUAACAUUACUCUGGAAGAAAAACCGGCACCUACUGAUGUGGGCUUGCACCGUUUGGUGGUCAACAUAAGUGACCUGGGAUACCCGAAGUCUCUGCACACGCUCGUGCUUGUUUUUCUCUACGUUAACGACACUGCUGGGAAUGCCUCCUAUAUCUAUGACUUGAUUCGCAGGACUAUGGAGACCCCACUGGACAGGAACAUAGGGGACAGUAGUCAACCCUAUCAAAACGAGGACUAUCUCACCAUCAUGAUCGCCAUCGUCGCGGGUGCCAUGGUGGUCAUCGUCGUGAUCUUUGUCACCGUCCUGGUGCGCUGUCGCCAUGCAUCCAGGUUCAAAGCAGCUCAGAGGAGCAAGCAAGGUGCUGAAUGGAUGUCCCCGAACCAGGAGAACAAACAAAACAAGAAAAAGAAAAGGAAGAAAAGAAAGUCUCCCAAGAGCUCUCUUUUGAACUUUGUUACAAUUGAAGAGUCCAAGCCCGAUGAUGCGGUUCACGAACCUAUCAAUGGGACCAUAAGCCUGCCGGCUGAGCUGGAGGAGCAAAGUAUAGGAAGAUUUGACUGGGGCCCGGCCCCUCCAACAACCUUCAAGCCUAACAGCCCUGAUCUGGCCAAGCACUACAAAUCUGCUUCUCCACAGCCUGCUUUUCAUCUUAAACCAGACACUCCAGUUUCCGUGAAAAAGCAUCAUGUGAUUCAGGAACUCCCUUUGGACAACACCUUUGUCGGGGGUUGUGACACCCUUUCCAAACGCUCUUCCACUAGUUCAGAUCACUUCAGUGCCUCAGAGUGCAGUUCCCAAGGAGGCUUCAAGACAAAGGGCCCCUUACACACCAGACAGGACCAUCUGUUACUGGCAAGUCUGUGCAUCCUCUCCAGCCAAUGCAGUACCAACCCCAGGCAUAUAUUCAGGAUUGUUCAACACACGACCCUGGUUCCUCAUGAUCCUUCAGUCUCAACUGGUAACUCAGUUAAGUCAAACACUGGUAUGUCGUAAUUUAAAGCUUAAUAAUGAGGGUGACUGUAAGAAAGUUCCUUAAAUUAAGAGGCUGUAUCUUACUUACCUUUGUAUUUCCAAGACCAAAUCUCCAACAAUGCCUAGGAGUGAUCUUAAUAGACAUUCAGCAAAUGGUGACCUAACUGGAGAGAGAAGCUGAUAUUGGAAUCGUACUUUAUAUAUGUAUAACAGUUCCAUUGAUUGAAUCCCCAUAACCAUAUAAAGAAGACAUUCCAUUCUUACUCAGCCAAUGUAGAAACUGAGAUUCAGAAAAUAUGUUGGUUUUUUUUUCCCCAAGUCACAUGGCUAAAGCCAAUGGCUUUUAUUUCCAGUCUAGGACUCUACCUUUACACUGUCAUUUCUUCCUUAUGUGUGGCCUACUUUUACUUGUAAAACACUAUUUUUAGGCUAUGUAUAAAUUUGGAACAUUUUCCUCAUUAGGGACUUUUUUUAUUGAAAAGGGCUGCAACCCUUUUAUAUAUUUUUUUUUAAAUAUAUUACAAGGCAACUCAGUGCACUCAAAAUUGUUCUUCAUAAGUUACCUCCCAGUAAGGUCACUUUAGAUUGCAUUAAAAUGUGGUAAACGUAUGACACACAAAAGCUCAUCUAUAUCCAUUGUUGCUGUGACAGAGGCCGGAGUGAAAAAAGUAUAUAUGGAGGGAGUGAAUGUUUGCUUUCAGCUGCCGUCUGUAUUUUCCUCUAUAACAUCUGCGGCCUGAUGACACAAGCUCUAAUUAGUUUAAAGAAUUUUUUGUGGCUGAGGGGUCACUAUCCUCUCCAAUCUAAGAAAUUAUGGUCUCCCUGGCACCCCUCCAUUCUUCUGGAGGUCUAACUUAGACCAGUCCUAUAGAUGAGUUAGUAUAGGCUGUCUUAGACUCUGCAUUUCACCAUUUUGAGUUUUUAACAGUGAAGUAUAGUUAACACCUUUAUAUCAUUUGUCAGUGUCUUGACUCAGCGGUUUCUGCAUGUAGAUGAGAGAGGAGCAGAAAAUUAGAAAACUGCCAAACUGCUGAUUCUGAUGGACAUAAAUACUCUCCUGUCACAUAAUCAGAUGUCUCCAGUUUCCAUCUUCUCCCUCAUUUUUUCCACACCACUAUGCCUGCCCAUCAUAAUACUUUUUUUUCAUAUAUUGGGAUAUAAUGGGAAAAGAAAGGAUGAACUAAAUAAACAGGAUCAGAUCUCUCUUAAAAAAAAAAGAUUUUAUAUAUUUGUUUGAGAGAGAGAGAGAGAAAGAGCACUUGAGUGGGGGUAGGGGCAGAGGGACAAAGAAUCUGAAGCAGACUCUGCACUGAGUGGGGAGCCCGACACGGGGCUAGAUCCCACCACCUCGAGAUCAUGACCUGAGCCCAAACCAAGAAUUAGAGGCUUAGCCAACUGAACCACCCAGGCACCCCAGAUUCCUUUUCUUCUAAGCCUCCUCAUCAAAAAUUUUUACUUAAACCUUGAAAUACUUAGAUUAUUGAGUGAUUACCUCUAAACAUAAUGAUCAAUAGAUUUUCUUUGUUACCUGCUUGAUAGGGACAGGUGUUUUAGAGGUUAAAAAAAAAAAAGUUGUUACAUUAAAGUUCCCUUAAUAGAUUUUUGAGUCAACCAGACAUCACCCUAGAAUCACGUAUGAGUUCUAUAAAAAGAAGCAAAAUAAUAAUUGAAUAGUGACUGGAGCAGUGUCUAGCUACUAUAUUAAUUUUAGAAAGAUAAAUUUGGUGUCUAAAAGAACUCAUAGAAUAGUUUCUCAAGACUCAAAUGGGCCUUUGAGAGUAUUUGGCCUAUUUAAUUCUUUUUCCAGGUGAAAAAAACUGAGACCCAAGAAGAAAUGUAAUAUUUGGAGUAAGAAAAAUGACUCCAUGAACUGCUACUAAAAACUGUGACAUUGGGCACAUCAUUUAAAUAUACCAGUCCUAGCUUUCCUUGUCUGUAGAAUGAAUGUAGUCAUGCCUAAUCCAUAAGGUCAUCAAGAGACGAAGACAUGGCCCAUGGUAGGCAGACACUCAAAAACAAAAACAAAAACAAAAAAACACAACAACCAAAACCAAAAAAUCUGAACAAAACCUACCUGCUGUUCUCUUUUUUCUGUCCAAGGAUGCCAGCUUGCCGCUGACAGAGGUGCUGAUUUCACUUAAUGCAUGUUCUCUUAGUUUUGUUCUUGGUGGUUUUUUGGAAUCUGAGUUUUGUAUCUUUUUGAUAAGUAAGUUAUGUUUGUUAAUCUGCCUUUGGUUUAAAACAUUUUUUUGGUUGUUUAGGAUUUCUGAAAAGUUGACCUUGUAACAGCAUCAGAAUAGUGCCGACAGGAUCUUAUGUUUUCUUUUUGAUCUUAGUCCCUAUUGUUUCACAUUUAUGUAAUUGCUUCAUCUUUCAUUUUGAGUAUUUCACCAUUUUCAUUCGCAUGUUGUAUUUAAAAUUAUUCUGCGUUUAGCAUUUGUUAUUAAUUUACUUCCCUGUUGAUUACCCAUAGGAACUCUACCCAUCUGGGGAUUUUCACCUUAUACAUCACUCCUAUUACAAAACAACAUAUAAGAGAGUGAAUCUGUUUCACAGUCAGUACUUAACACAGCUGGAGCCAUUUGAAACCUGCUGGUUUUUGCUUCCAAUUAUUCCAUAGACUAGAAAGCAUCUCUGUUGAAGUAAUGACAUCCAUGGUGUAAUCAAACUAGUUAAAAUGCCUUGGAGUAUAUGGAUCAUAUUUCUGGGAUUCAUCAUAUGUAAGCCAGAAGCAUAAUAGCCAACAGGGCUUUUUUUUUUUCUUUCUUAUUUUAAAGUAAUAUAUAUUCACUUAUAAGUAAGUUUGUAAUGUCUGAAUAUGCAAGUUUAUAAUGUUUGAAUAUGUGGGUGAUGUUAUAAAAAGUGGGAUCCAGUAAAUAAAAAUAUAACACAAUAUGAUAGUGUCUGAAAAAUAGCCUUUCUUAAUAUCCUGGGGUCAAAAUCAUUGCCUUAUGUUAGACUAGCUGAAAUCAUCAAGAUAAAGUUAUUGAUUUGGAUUUGGAGCGAAAGGUAGUGGGAAUUUGUUACAAAUUCAAUUAACUUUAUCAACUAAAGAAGUAGAUUUGCCCAAUGUUUAGGUGGCUUCAUUGUGACUUAAAUUGUAGAAAUUAAAUUUUUUUUAAAGAUUUUAUUUAUUUAUUCGACAGAGAUAGAGACAGCCAGCGAGAGAGGGAACACAAGCAGGGGGAGUGGGAGAGGAAGAGGCAGGCUCAUAGCGGAGGAGCCUGAUGUGGGGCUCGAUCCCAUAACGCCAGGAUCACGCCCUGAGCCGAAGGCAGACACUUAACCGCUGUGCCACCCAGGCGCCCCUAGAAAUUAAAUUUUUAACUUCUUACUGACCUUUACUACCUUCUCAGUGUGAUCAAAUUGUUUUUGUAUUGGCCUUUUGGUUUAGUUCUAAUUUUAUAUAUAGACAGUGGCUAAGUAAAAAAAAAAGGACUUUAGAACAAAAACAAUAUGAAAACUUAUUCCUUGUGCUUGGAAAAUUUGAAUCAAACAGAUAAAACAUGGCACAUUGACAUGAUUUCCUUUUAGACUAUUGCUUGCUUUAUGGUAAGAUGUACUACCUUACAGCAGUGGAUAGUGAGCAGAGCAGGGACGGACACAGUAUGGAUAUUACCUUGAGUUAUCAGGCUUCAUGGAGUUGUAAGGAUUAUAGCAUGGCAUACAGGAGAUGUUCAAUAAAUUUUGCUCAAUCCCACCACAAGGGCAAACAUGGAGAUAAUUCGACAAAAUGAAGGUGUUAAAUACAUUUUAAAUGGCAAGAAUCGGGCUUUAAGGAUUGAGAUUCAUUCUUUUUUAUAAAAAAAAUAUUUAGUCUUCUCAUGGCAUCAAGUACAUAUAAAUGUAUACUGUAUGUUGCUAAAUGUAAGUUAAGAUGGCCACCAUUUUAUGUUGUCCAUUUCAAUGAUAAACCUCUCUUAACUCUUAGAGUAGAGAAGUGAUGGUGCAUCCCAGGAAAUAUAUGUAAAUUUCAGUUCAGAUAAUGACCAAAUACCUAGUCUAUGAAGAGAAUUAUAUUUCUUGUACUGCAGUCCUCACAUCUCUCCUUCUGUGAACAGGGUCCACUUGAUUUUCGCCCCUAGAAGUGUGAAGGACAUUUUCUGCCUGUUGAAUUCCUAUUUGGCCGUAAGCCUGACAAGUAGACAAUAUCCAGCCUUAUCACUAGACUGCUAAACCAUGUUACAUUUUCCUUAAUGGAUACUAAAACUUAUUCCAGAAUUAUAUCCUAUAGUUUUAAAUAUGUAUUCUUUUUUGAGAAUUUUUUUAUCUUUUUAAAAAAUACAUAACUAUGAUUUUUUUAUGCCAAAGACCUGUAAUAUGAUCUACUGAUAUAUAUAUGUUAAUCUUUAUUUUUCAUUAAUUUUAUUAUUCAAUAGACAUCUAUUGAGUAACUGCAGUGUUCCAGAAACAGUGUUAGACAGUGGGAUUUUUAAGAAAAUAAGACAUCUGUAUUUGCUUUAAAAGAUUCCAGUGGGUUUUAAACAUAAUACAUUUUUUCCUUGGAAUUCCUCUUACUUAAAAUAUGAGUUCUCUCUGUUUUAAAUUGAUGUCAUCAUUUCCCUGAAAUAUACUUUUUGAAGUCUUUUUUUUUUAACUAGAGCCAGAGAUUUGAUCUUCAGUGGGAUAAUAAAAUUCUAAGAUCUAUUACUCUAAUUAUAAGAAUGCCACAUUGAAAUUUAUCCUUUGGUUAAUUUAGAGGGAAAUACACUUUUUCAUCCUUAAAAUCACACUUCUUCUACAGGCAAAGGUGUUAAUAAAAUAUAGUUGCAAGAAAACUUCAUUUUUGUAACUAUGAGAUUAGCAAAUUUGCUAUAUUAAAAAUCACUUUAAAAACAUGGCACACAUUGAUAAUAUUGAGUAAUAACCUAAGUUGAAGAAGACAGUGUUCUCUACAAAUGGAGUUCCACUUACGCACGGAUCCCUUUUCAAAGGGGCGUUUUGAAUCAUGGUAUUCUGCAAAACAGCCUUCACCCUUGGAAAACACAUAAGCUUAAAUGGAACAUAGAUGUUAAACUCUGGCUAGAAUAAUUGUUUGGUUUAAUUGGCUUUUACCUCCAGAUGGUUAUGAGUUGGGCGAGUCCAUUUUCUUAUGAAUAUUUAUCACAGUAUUUCAAGGAAUGGAUGCAAUGAAGUCAUGUUGAAAAAUAGAGACCUAUAUUGUAUCUUUUUUUCUUAAAUUGAGAAACAUUCAUAUCCUGAAAAUUUGGUUUCCUUUAAUCACAGAAGAAAAUGUCAUAAGUGAGCUUUACAUUUCAGGCAAGACAGACUAUGAUAUUUUUAACUUUUAUCAUUUCUAAAACACUAAUUUACAUAUGGAUGGUGUUUAUAUGAGCAGGUCAUUUCAAAAUUUUAACAUACUAUUCAAACAGAAUUUUUUUAAAAUAACGCAUUUAAUGCCUCACCUGUACUUUUUUUGUGCAUUUUUUAAAGAUAAAUUUUCACUGCCAGAAAAUUGUACUAUUUUAAUUGCAGUUAAGCUUCAGUGAUAACCACCAAGCUGGUACCUAACUCCAAAAAGAUCUUUCCAACUGUUCUGUGGAUACUUAGGCAACUAUCUCUAAGUAAUUACUCUAACAUAAAUUAGUUACCAAAUUGAAACCUUAGGAAUAUGUACACCUUAGGAAUAAAAUGUGUAAUGGCACUUAAAUAUACUGAUUAAAAUAUAAACAAUUUGGGGGGAAGUGGUAAACUUAUUGAUACGACCAACCACAUAAGUAAUGUAAUCCACUUUUCAGUGUGAAAGUAUGGACAGUUAGGUAAGCUAAUUUAGUACGAAGAAACAGAAUAGAUUAAACUUAGUAAAAUAGAUACAUUUAAAUAAAGAUUGGUGUGGAAAUCACAUGCAUGUCAUUCUGUUUGCAGUAACCAGUUUCUACAGACAAUCAGAACUGUGCCAAUCUCGUCAUUUCAGUGAUUGUUAACUUGGUGUUUUUACAUAGUUUAAAUUUUUUGCUUAUUAUGAUUUUUGUAAGUGACUAUGCAUUGCUUUACCAAAGAAAAUGAACCAGUAGGGGUUAUUAAAAUAAAUAGAUUUCUAAUUUUUAAGACUUUGAUACUUCUUGCUUGCUAAUUUUUGGCAAUAAUCUUAUCUAUUCAAAAACACUUAAUACUUUGCUGAAGUUUCACUUAGCAUCUUGAGAAUUAAAUUUUCUCAUCUGAAAAUUAGAUCAUUGGAUUCAGCCAUUUUUUUCAUUUCUGUUAAAAAUGGAACUAUGGCUUUAAUUAAUACUUAGGCAUCCUCUUUGGCAGAUUUCCUCAUACCACCCAACAUCUGUCUGGCCUACUUCUUUCUAUCAUUUGAUAUAUGUUCAAACAGUGCAAAUCAGUGUUGACAUUGACUCAUGAAAAACAAUUACAAAAUAAACCGUAUGGUUCAGUCUCUCCUGACAAUGAGCAAUUCUCAAUAUCCCCAUUGUUUGUAUGAUCUCUGUUAUCACUCUCUUGCCUUAGUGUUGAUAACAGAGCAUUGCCUUUAUCUUCUGUGAGGUCUCUGCCUGAUUAAUUUUUUCCCUUCUGAACUAGAAAAUUAACUUUUUUCCUCCUAAAUCGGAAAUCACAAAUCAGAAGAACUCUAAAAUCUCAAUCAGAUUAUUGGUGUUUAUAGUCUGAUGAGAAAAUUAUCCACUUAAAACAGUAUGUAGCUACCCUAUUUUUAUCAGUAAUACUACUUUGAAUUUUUUUUCUGUAGUAAAGCAUGAAUUUUACUAUUUUAACUUUUGUGAACAUUGCAGACACACAGUUUUGGGAUAAUGUGUAAAUAGAAUUUUUGAAAAGUCAAACGGUCAUUUGGAAUGAUGGUGGUGUUUAUUAUCAGGAUACGUCUUAGAAAAGCUAAUUAAAUCUAAUGCUUAUUGAUUUUACUGGCAGCCUGUACAUUCAAAGACAAAAUUGGGUUAAAUCGAAGAAAUAAUGUAAAUAAUCAGAACUGUCAAUCUAUUGCUGAAGGAAAAUCAAGUUUGGGAUUAAAGAGAUUGAAUUGCAAAUUCGCUGACGUAGCCCCCAAAUAUACCACCUGAGUGGCAGACAAGUGCUAUUUGCUCACAGGAAUAUAAACUAGAACUAGGUUUUGCCACAGCAGAGCAGCUUACCACAUUCUCUCCAGAAUAGUGCAGAAACAGGGCCGUUCAGGAUCCUUCUGAAACCUGAAAGGUAGCCCAGGAAUGCUUAUUAGGAUAUCUAAUCCCUCAAUGAUUGCUGACCCUCAGAUACGCUUGCAUUUAUCCUGACUGACUGCACUGGGCUCUGUCGUCUUAUAAAAGCUUCAGGAAAGAGCAGCUGUAUCAGUGUUUUUGCUGGACGUACUACAAAAAGACUAUUUUACACUGUAGGUGGAUGUCUCGGAGUUGACAGAGAUGGAGGAGGUGUAGUUCUAGAAAUGCCACAUGUUGGCCACAAGACACUUUUUUUUCUGGUUUUGUUUUUCAUAUGAAGCAGCCUCAUCCAAUGCUCGCGUCUUGAAUGUGCAGCAAUCGAGAUGCCUUUCUUAACCAUAUGGUUCUAUGGACCUGAUGUUUAAAAUUUUUUCUUCCAUGGAUAUAAGGUCAUUUGGAGGUCCUUCAAAAUAAAAUCCCCAAACUAUUUAAUGUUACUAAUUCAGGCAACAGCAAAUUAUAAAGAAUCUAAAAGUAAUAUAAAACAAAAUAAUAAACCACAUAGAUUAGGUGUCAAAUGAAUGCCCUAUGAUUUUUGCCUAAGAGGCAUCUUAGCUAUUUUGAGCAGUAAUUGAUGGAAUGAGAUGUAAGCAGUCACUGGCAAGGUGAGAAGCUGGACAGGCCAAUUCUUAAAAUCCUGUGAGUUUAUGGAGCAUUGUCAGUGUGAGCCGUUCUGGGGACAAUACAGUGAAUCACAGCUAUAUGAUUAAUCAAAUCAGUCCUCUAUUGUAAAAGUAAAAAGAGAAUGAUGUCCAUUGGCAUCUGAUUUGGAAUUGGAUACUUGUAUAUUAAUGAAUUUGUGUAGACUGUGCCUUCCAAUGUUUUGCCUGGAAAAGAAAUUCAUUAGGAAUUUGGACAAAAGCAACAUUAGAUAACCAUAAUAGAGUUAGAGUAGCCUAUACAGAGGAAAAGCUAACAUUAAGAAGAAUAAAAUCAUUAAUCCAAAUAGUAUGUUAUUGAGGUUGAAACUAAUUAUUGAGUACUUUAACAUGAUUAGUCAUUACUUCAUUACUAAAAGAUGUAAACAUGCUUUAAACGUGUAUAAAAGCAACUGGCCAAAAUAAAUCACAGUAAUUUCAGCUAAAUAGCAAACAGUUUCACAGGAGGAAUGGGGGAUAUUUGGGGCUCUGAAAGAGAAGAUCACAAUAUUCACUUUGGCACCAUUAUCUCUUUAUUUCUAAAACAUGGUUGAAACUAGAUUUCCAACACCAGAUAAUGAUAAUAGCCAACAUUUACUUGAGUGUUCAUUGUAUGCCUGGCCUUCUUCUCAACCCUUUACAUGUAUUAACUCCUUAAAUAGGAACAGUGACCUUGUGAGUCAGGUACUAUUAUGAAUAUCCCUCUUUUACAUCUGAGAAGUUAAAUGGUUUGCUUAAGGUCACAGUUCUUGUAAGUGAAGAGUAGUUCAGGACUUGAACCCUCCCAGUGUUCUACGAGAGGCUUUGCUCAUAGUUGCUAGGCAAUACUGCCUCUUGAUUGAACUUUAAGUUAAAAAAAAUAAAAUUGUGGUGCCAUCACCAAGAGUCAGUUAUGCCAAAAAUAAAUUCUUUGUGUGAUGGUAAAAAAAAAAAAAAAAGGACAAAGUCUAAUGCGUUUUGUUUGUAAUCCCUUUUGUGUACACAUUUUGCCACUGAGCACAUGGCACGAUGAUGCAGCCAUACCUGAGGCCUGUGUGGUUCUUUCCCUUUUACAGAGAACCUUCUUCACAGACAGUAUGUAGCAAGAGUAGGAAUAACAUUUGUAUCUUUUCGGCAGUAGGAUUCUGAAUACUUUUCACCAACAGUAGCUUUUAGCAGUGAAUUUAAAACAUUCUGCUAAACUCAAAAUAGAAUAAGAGUUUUUUGAUUAUCCUUUUUUUCAACAACUCCUAUCCGAUAAGAAGGGAAAUAGAAGAGGGGAGGUCAAACUAGAAUGAUAACAAAAAGAUCUCUCUUCUGCCCUAGAUUAGAAUGAUGCUUUCUGACUCUUUCAACAAGUUUUAGUCCAGCCCCUAUCGCUGAAUGGGUCAGAAGCGUCAUCCACCAUCCAGCUCUGCACAACUUGCCAGCUCAGAUCAGCAGGGGCCUCUCCCAGCCUGUUUGUAGUGCACGGGGAGAACGCAUCUUCAUGUCUAUGUAGAAACAUGCAUAUAAGUAGUGCUCAUUCAAUUUUAGCCCUUUUCUCAGGUUCUUCAGUUUUGUCGCCCACAACCACAAAAAUUAUCCAUUAAUUUUAUGCAGUUCUGUAAAUAUAUAAUAUUUUUUACUGACUUAAUACCUUCUUGCUUAAAACUCUCACAGUAGCUGGUAAACACUUGUCAAACACGCGUUGGACUUUCAAGAUCCCCCUUCAGUCUGAGAACUGGAGAGAAUGAUUUCAGCCCCAUAGUCAAAUAAAAUUUCUUUACCCUUGAUCCUUACAACAGAUGCAUUAUGAUGAAACUUCUAGGUGAGAAAGUUGCAGUUUUAAUUUCAAGUACAUUGGAAGGUUAAAAUGAAAUAGCUAGGAGUUAGGCACACACGGCUUUCCUUAUUCCAUUUGGCAAAGGAGAGUGAUUCUUGGAACAACACGCUAACCUUUCCAUCCAUUGUGUCUAGUGCAUGUGGGUCACCGAAUAACUUUCAUGAAUGCUAUUCUAAUUUAGAACAUAAAUUCUGUCACAUGCCUAAACAAUAAAAAAAAAUGGCCCUUUGAAAAAGUUUCUUGUUAUGAGACAAGCAAAUUGGCUUAUACUUCUAAAAACCUAUAGUUUGGGGGCUAAAGUUACAUUUUGAUUGUGUGGACUCAGUUAUUAUUUAAAGCUUGGUUCGAUUUUGGGGCAGCAGCUUUUUCUUGAUGACCCUUACUAAUAAGCUUUAAUUGGCAGAAAAAUUUCAAUUAUUCUAAUCAAGGAGCAGAAUCGAACAUGUUGACCAAAGUAGAUUUCAUGUUUCUAGUUAGACAACAAGAAUUUGGUAAGGGCAUACUUUUAGAUCAACCAUUGACGUAAGAAACCUAAGUUUACCUGUUAAUUUGUCAGUGAACUAGAGUGGCAAGAUUUCUUUACUUUAAAUGAUUAAGGUGAGAUAUUGGAAAAGCAUAAUUCUUGGAUAUGAAUUCAAAGACAUACAGGCAAGUUUACUUUGAACUCAAUAUCACAUGUAAGAAUAGAAAUCAAUUUGUGGUAGGAAUGUGAGGAAUGACUUUUGUAUAUUUGUUUAAAGAGUCAUUUUUAGAGAAGUAAUCUAUCUUUAAAUUAUACUUUUUUAAUAAUAAUUUUUUAAUGUGUUAUGUUAGUCACCAUACAGUACAUCCCUAGUUUUUGAUGUAAAGUUCCAUGAUUCAUUACUUGUGUAUAACACCCAGUGCACCUUUCUUGAUGUAACUCAUGUUUAAUGAGACCAAACAUAAAAGCAAACACUUUUAGUAACCUCUAUUUAUCAGGUUCAGGUAGAAGGCUGCCAAACUGUUUUGGUUUUACAGUAGGUUAUGGUCUUAUGAUGGAGUUCCCAAUUGGGGUUUGGGAACUAGAACCCUGGCAUACAGACAUGAUGUGCUGCUUCAGCUUUCUAGGUGACUUAAAAUAUGGCUGGAGUUCUCCUUUAUUCAGAAACUAGAUAGACGAGGUCUCACGAGGAACUAAAUUAAUAUUGCAUCGACAUUCUGGGUGUUGGUGAUAAUUUGUAGUGACAUUAUGCCUAUUGGUUAUGAUGGUGAUAGGCAAGCUCCAUCCAAAUGGACAUUAUAAGAGCCAAAUUUAAUAGUCUUAGUAUUGGAAAUUUCUGCCUUGAGGAGAGCAGAGUCUCUCCAGCAUGUACUUUGCUUUCUACCUCCACAAUUAUGUAUUAAUAUACAUCAAUUCUUCAAAGUUGAGGAAGAGCAUGAGGGGAUGAAUGGAACUGGGCAAUAUUAAAGUAGCCAAGUGAAAUUUCUGUGGUGGUUUUUCUGUAGGGAUGUGGUAGGAAAGGCACAUGGACACCAAUUCCUAGCCUUUGAACAUUCAAGAAAAUUAAUUAACUUUCCAGAAAAUGAAUAAAAAGGGAAGUGGAAAACAGCUAUGUAACUUAAGCUGGUAUGUUUCUUCUCAUCACAUAAAUAAAUAAUUUUUCACAAAUAUCAAGAAUUGAUUCAACAAAGAGGUCCAAUAUUAUGUGUAGUGUAUGCUUUUGUUCAUUUAAAUACGAUCACUUUUAUCUCUUAAAAAUACUCACAGGAAAGGUAUCCUUUACCUGACCACAAUAAGAAAAUUAGAUACAAUGAAUGUACACAGCAAAUCUAUUCAACCAUAUACAUAUUGCUGUAUGAAAUGUCUGAAGUGAAAAGAUUUUUCCAUACCUUACCAAAAGUUUUAAUGAAAAUAUUUUAACUAGAACAUAUUGAAGCCUUCCUUAAUUUCACCUCCUUUUCCUGCUAUCCAGCUUAUCUACGAGGGCAGUAGAAUUAUGGCAAUAUACAGUUGACCCUUGAACAACAUGGGUUUGAACUGCACGGAUUCACUUACGUGUGGAGUUUUUUGAUAAAUACAGUACUGUCAACUUAUUUUCUCUUAUGAUUUUCUUAACAUUUUCUUUUCUUCAGCUUUAUUGUAAGAAUACAGUGUAUAAUACAUAGAACCUACAACAUAUGAGUGAACCAACUAUUAAUGUUAUCAGUAAGGCUUCCAGUCAGCAGAAGGCUAUUGAGUUUUGGGGGAGUCAAAAGUUAUACACAGAUUUUCAACUGUGCCCGAACUCCUGCGUUGUUCAAGCAUUAACUGCCUACACUGCCUAAGGCUGUGUAUGUUUUCAAGUUAUCUGAGAACUUUUUAGCCGUCCUUAUUGCAAAUUGAUAAAAUUACCAUUUUAAAAUUACUGUAUUAGUUUGGCAAGCUCUUGAAACUAUUUUUUCGUAGAUUUCUGAUGGGGUGCUAAUCUUUAGAUUUUUGACAGUAUGACUUUUUGGAAAGGAUUAAUGCAACUGGACAACAGUAUGGUAGCAGAGUAAAAAUUCUGUAGUGGUUUGUCUACGGUGAGGUGAUAGAAAAGGCAAAUGGAUGCCCAUUCCUAAUUAGAGAUAUCUAUUCAGUAGAUGAUUUAUUUUCCUUGAUUGCAUGCAUUCGAUUUUUUUGAAACCACAAAAUGUAUUUGAAUGCUGUGCACACGUUGGCAGAAGUGAACUGUGGCAACAUGAGAAUAACUUAGUUGGUAUCUCUUCUGUAGAUCAGGCAGUGGAUUGUAGCAAUUCAUCGUAUUUUUUAAAGCUUUUAAACAUUACCUCUUACAAUAGUAAUUAUUAAAACCGAAAGGAUCAGGAAUAUGCCAGAUGUAAGAUCAUUUGUAAAAAGUGAUUCAUAAACUUGAUAAUCAUAUGACAAUUGAGGUGAUUGUCAUAUGGUGAUUAUAGGUGAGUUUUUGAUAUACAGAGUGGCAUUAAAAUAGAAGUAUAAAGUCAACUAUAAUGUUGGAGUUCUAGACGUACACAAAUAAGAUGAUUGUUUUUAAACUUUCAAUAAAUUUGGUACCUAAUUUACAGAUAUCCGUAGCUUAUGAACCCUUAUUUAUGCUUAUUUAGCUUAAAAAAUUAAGGAAGAAUUAAAGAAUAUUUGAAGUUAUUAUUUCAUUUCUAGCAUUCUGAGAGAGUGGCCAAGAGACUGGAAAUGUCUUAACUUAGUGUGAAUGUAGUUAAACGAAUCAUUGCUAUGCUACUGUCCAGGUCUUGAAGUGCAAAGUGUUGAGAAGACAUAGCAAUUUGCUUAAUUAACCCCUGUUCAUUUCACAGGGCAAGAAAUAAGAUUACUCUUUGGCAAUCACAUGUUACUUGAAUUAUAUUUUAUUUUUAUUAACCUGAAAGCAUACCAACACCCUCACACACACAACCCCUAAUGCAAAUAUGGACAGAAGGAAUCCCCCCCCACUCAUAAAUCAGUCUGCUUCUUUCUAACAUACAAGAAAUGUUAGUAGCUCUGACAAAAAAAUACGGUGUCAUAAAGCUCAUGCUUUAGAGCUUAUGGCCUGACUAAAAGCAGAUGACGUCUGCAUUUGUGUGUUUCCUCUGCAUAGCCUCCCAAAUGAUAUCAACCAACUUCUUGUAGAAAAUGUACAUGCUUUUCAUCCUGACCAAUAAAAGGCAACUUGGUGAGUUACAGAGAUUGACUGGGUGCUUGACAUGUGGUGCUGCCCCACUGAAACAGUGGGCACUUGGUACCGGGGAGGUUUAGGAGAAUUUAACUUGCUUGCUUGUUUUUAGAUAUGUUGAUAUCCUAAUAUUCUAAAAUUAUAAAAAUGCAAGUUUAGUUCACAUACAAUAGGUUUCCUUAUAUUGCUUUUGUAGUUCAUAUGUAAAACAAAGAAAAUAAUGUGCUCCUAGUCAUUCUGUAAUUGUGUUCUGAUAUUACCAGGCAGUUUUUGUAGACAUAGUCAGAUAAACAUAUUGUUCAUUAUUUAAAUGCAAACUGCAUCUUUUCGAUCUUAUUGCCUAAGUAAUUUUUAGAGAAUGAUCAUUGAGUGGUCCCUCCUCCCACUUCAGCACUUUAAGAUGGGUGGAUGUGUUUGAUUCCUUUUCCAUUCUUCUAUUAUUAAAAGAACCCUAGGGGAAAUAAAGCAUUUGUUUUCAAUUAAUAAAAAAAAAAACCACCCUGGUAAUUAUAUUGUUUUACUUCUGCAAAAUAGCCACAUUUUUACAUACUCCAAAUAAAUUGUCACGUGUAACUAUAGGCUGGAAACGAUGAAAUGUGGCUGAAAAUAAUUUCCCUUGUUGUACUACAAUGUAUGAAUAAUUAUAAAUGUAAACACUUAACGUCACAUUUACCAUUAUUCUAUAGGUACCAUUCACAAUACGGUAUAUUCUAUUGCUACUUUGUGAAAUGAGUUCUUGAGAUUCAUAGUAAGGCACUACACAAAGCAUUAUUAUUAAAGAAUUAUAGGGAAAACUUUCCCAAUUGAAAACUGAUAACUGAAGGUAUUAUUUAAAAUAAAUAUACUGCAGAGUAGAUAAGUUCAGUGUAGCAAUAUCUUUCUAUUUUGGUCUCAGAUUAAGUUUUUAUAUACACAAAAACAAUUUGCCUCAAGAAUUAGGUGAUCUAUUUUAGAAGAUUUAAAAUAACCAAAAUAAUGUUGCCUUGUGUUACAUUAGUAAUUUAUCAAUAAAAAUUAUUACUGUUAAUAAUUGGUAGAAUUUUUUCCUCCCUGUGCUAGAGAUUUAAGUUGAUGGGGAUUUAGUAACAUGUAUAGGGAUGCAUCUUAAUAUCUAUAUUUGCUGAACAGUGUAAAAACACAAAACUGUCCUCAUUAAAAUGGACUUUUGUACACUAUAAUUUGAAUUAAGUAAUGAAUAUAUAAAGUAUUUAAAAAGUUGUAUAUCAAAAUGUAUAACAUUCCAUUUUUGGCUAUAUUUUGUAAAACAUUUUUGGUGUAAUCAGUAUGACUCUCACAUAUGUCAAAUCAAGUAUUUUACUAUUUAUUUAAACAGAUAUAUACCUAAUGUAUUUGGAAGCUUAUUGCACUCAUAUAAUUGUAUAUAUUGUGGCUUCAAAAGUCUGUACUUAUCCUUGCUUUAAAAAAGUAGUAUGUGCAUUUCUUUCCAAUUUAUUUUAAUUAAUUAUA